AUGCUUUGCCCUGCCCGUGAGCCGCGCCGCCGCGUGCUCUGCCCUGCCCGCGCGUCGCGCCUUGCGCCCUACCUGAGCGCCGCGCCCUGCCCUGCUGCGUGCCCUGCCCUGCCGUGCGCCCUGCCCUGUGCCGCGCGCCCUGCCCUGCCUCCCUGCCCUGCCGCCCUGCCCUGCCCCGCGCCUCUGCCCUGCCGCGCGCCCUGCCUUGCCGUGCGCCUUGCCCUGCCGUGCGCCCUGCCCUCGCGCCCGACUGCUCUGCUCGCUAUGGCCGCUCUCAACAUUCUCACCUUCGAUUUGGAGGGCCGCCCGAUAGAGUUCAAUGCGUGGCUAGACAACUUACACCUGUUCCGGCUGAUAGUCUCUAAGGACGGUACUUCGCUAUUUGACCUCACUUCUGGCACCUCGCCCGCCCCUGACGCCACAGGUGACAGUCCGACUCGCUCACAGUGGCUUACCUGUGACGCUGCUGCCCGCCUAGCCGUUCGCAACCACCUGCCGUUAGCCGAACGCGCCCACUUUGGCCAGCAUAAGACAGCUAAAGCACUGUACGAUGCUGUAGUCCCUCGCUACUCCUCCCCGGCCACUGCUGCUCUAAGCCACCUUCUCCUGCCCUACCUGUUCCCAGAGCUGUCUGCCUUUGCCACAGCAGCCAACCUAGUCACUCACCUCCACACUAGUGACACUCGCUACCAUGUUGCGCUUCCCGCCGAGUCUCUUGCAAAGAACCCUCCCCCUGUGUACAUCACACUCUACUUCAUAGUCACCCACCUUCCUGACUCUCUUACCAUAGUCAGGGACCUCCUUCUCGCCCUUGACCCCACCGACCUCACUAUCGACCUGCUCGAGAAGCACCUGCGACUGCCCCUAGUGGGAGGCGCCGCAGCGGCAGGGGCAGGGGAGGCAGCAGUGGGGGUAGUAGAGGUGGAGGCGGUGGUGGGGGCAGUGGAGGAGGUGGAGGGGGCGGCGGUGGAGGAGGUAGUGGUGGUGGGGGUGGAGGGGCAGGUGGCGGGGGUGGUGGCGGCAGUGGGAGUGGUGGAGGCGGCGGUGGUGGCGGCGGUGGUGGCGGCAGUGGGAGUGGAGGCGGCGGCAAUGGUGGUGGCCGGGGUGGUACCAGCCAAAGGGGAGGCCUUGGAGGUGGCCAGAGGCAGCAGCAGCAUCAACCCCUUUCGUCUCAGAAGCUCCGUGAGUGGUUUGCUCAGCGUGGGGCGGCUGGGAGCAGUGGUCCCUGCGCGUAUGUCAUUCGCACAGGUGAUCGCACUGUACCACAGUGACCCCGCUCUCUGCACCUGUUCUGUCUCUUUGGCUGACCCCUCUGGGGGCCCAAUCCUUGCACGUUCCUCCACUGUUCUGUCCUGA